GAAAUAUCUUUAGGGUGAUGUGGAUGUAAUCUAAGCUGGUAAGUUAAAGACAAAUACUUCUUUAGCUGCUGUCUAAAAAUUUGCGGGUUUCCGAACCUUACAAAAAGGAUUCAGUGACAACACCAACUAAAGCACGAACAUCAUUUUUAGUACAACUAUGCGUUGAAAUAAUAUGCAUUCACUUCUUCACUGGGUUGACGUUAAAAGCUUUUAUCCUUCCUAUAGCUAAGUUCUUUUGUCCGGAUGCUUUCAUUCAAGUCAUUUUUUGGAAAGAAAUUUUAAAGUUUUCGUUAACAAGGGUCGUAAACAGGACUCGGAAAACUGCAACCCACCGAUCCAUCGAGAUGCAGUGGUUAAAAACUAAAAUGAACCAGUUUUUUUCUCUGAGUGAAGAAUUUCCACGAACAUUCGGCCGAGAUAAUGCAAAAUGGUUCUCUCGUUUGAUGAAUAGAUGCAACAUUCUUAAUUUUGAGCUGAUUUGAAUUUGUAUUUGGACAUAUAGUGCGUGGUAAGUUAGUUUUGUGACUGACGUCUUAAAGCAGCUGAAGAUUGUCAGAUAUUAUAUGAAGAUAAUUUGAAACCUAAUGUUUGAUUCAUCUUCUCUUCAGCUGGCAUGCUCAGUAAACAGACUUUCGUUUUUUUCAUUCAAACUAUAAACCACUAACAAUUAAUCAGCAUCUCUAAAAUAUAUAUUUUAAUGUAGUGCAUUUUAAUAAAUAGUCUCAAAGACAAAAAAAAUCUACAUCAGUACUCUGUGGAUCAAUUCAAAAAUAGCUAAAAAAUCAACAACAACAAUCUGUUUCUUGUCUUCUUGGCUGUAUUAAGAAGGUUCUUAACGACAGGCUUUAAUGUUAAUAUAAGUAAUAUGAGAAUUAGCUUUCAUCAAAUGCACCUGGUGAAAAAGAAGCCUUACAUCUUCUCCAUCUUGUUUAUCAUCAUAUUCAUAUCUUCGAUAAUUAUGCUACAGAAAUUGAUGAUUUUAAAAGUUGCAAAGCCUUUAUUUGUCAAUAUGUCAAUGAUCUGGAUGUUUAUAUAUGUCAAUGAUCUAGAUGUUGUUUAAUUUUUCUUUUAGUUUUAGGCUUUAAAUAAUGAAUGUCAAAUUUUGAAAAAAAAAAACAUGCUAUCAUUGCAAUCAUGAAGUCCCCAGCAGGAGCCAUAGUCGAGGUCGGGAGACCGCGAGCGCGAGGCCGGGGUCCACGCGGUUCCAUCGAAAUUUCCAAAUGCCUUAACGUCACAAACUCGCGCGGCUCUCGUGUGGAAUUUCGGGAGAGGGGCGAUCGUUUUGCGACUUUGUUGGAGUGCUUUCUGAACUUUUUAAGUGCUUUAUAUCUCGAUCGGCAAUGCAUGUACAGUGGAAAAAUGAGCCAAUUCGAAACACGUUUAUCACAAAAACCCCUCGAAGCUGUAAUGGGCCAGCAGUAAGAAUAGAGGGGAAAAAGCCAAAGGGAAAAUUAUGAUUAGAAACAAAAACAAAAACAAAACGAAAAAAAAUAUAUACAACAACAGCAAAAAAUAUUCAUCGCACUACAUCUCCGACAUCUACUUCGUCACUGGAUUUUUCAAAAACACUCCCACUGCGGUCUGUUCAUGUUGUCCUUCAGCAGCAUAAUUAAAAAUAAAUAAAACUGGUCUAGUGAGGCCUUAAAAUUUGGGGGGUCACCGAAUUCGUUUCGGAGAUAUAAUGUUCAAAAGAUCACCCAAAAUCUGAGAAAUCGGGCUUCGUUACUGCAUACGGAUAAAGUGCCUGUUUGUGCAAAAAGUUUAUAAAUAAAUCCCUGAAUUGCAACGCAACGGCUACCAGCCCUAUAUGUGCUUAGACAGUUUUCUCAGCGCGCACGCUCGAUGCAUGACGUGGCGUGAUAUUGCGCUAUGAAUUACGUGCGCAGUAGGGAUGCGCAGAAACAAUUAGCGCGUGUCGCAAACUUAACCAAACAGCCUUGAAAGAAACAAAAUACAGCUGUACAAGAUCAUUUCAUCUCUGAAUAUUAUGUCAAGAUCACAUAACCCACCGUUUGAAAAAGAAACACUUCUCACGCGAUGCAAAUACAAAUAUAGGUAAAAAGAAACUGUAAAGUUAAUCGUGCAAACAUUUUUGCAGAAAAAAUUAAAGUAGAAGGGAGCGUGACCUUCCAAAACAUCUUUUCUUCAAUUAUGGCAGACUUUUGUGCUGUAGUAUCGGUGCUGCCAUGCUGCCCGACUAAUCGAGGCAAGAAAAAUCUUUGUGGCUUUGCGGAAAAGGCUAGUCGACAAUGAGCCUUCGUGGCUUUUUGAUUGUCAUCGUAUGUCAACAUUAAAACAGCGGCUGCGUUUGCAGAUUGAUUGGCGCCGAAAAAAGGGCGCACUUUUCAGUUUAAUUUAUUUCUUUGGGUCAUUCUGCAUAUAUUACAUGCCGCAAGAUUAUGUCAUUCCGCAAGCCAUGCCACAUGCCAUUCCACAUUUUACCCUCACCGUAGAGAUAGGGCAUUUGUCUCUAGUGCAUUUGCACUCUGUGGAGGUGUGGGAUAGGGCUUGUCUGAGCGUGUGGGAUUUGUGGGCAUGCGUACUGGGAUGUUUUCUUUUCUAAAAAUGUCAGUGAUCCUGUGAUUGAGUAAGGGAUCUUAAGGUAUGACCAUUCUGUGUUGGUAGGUUGAGGGUUUCGUUGAAGGUUUUGUGGGGGUUUGUCUGCUCUAUACUGCUCUAAACAACUAAUGAAGAAACAGCAGACCACUUCCACCAUAUGAUAAACAAUGUGCACCUUAAUUUGAAAUUUGAAAUUGAAAAACCAGAAACAACACCGAGUGGCCUGUCAUUGUCAUUACUCGAUUUCAAAGUCGUCAUAUCCAAGGAUUGCAACAGCUCUUUUGAAUUCUACAAAAAGCCAGCCAAGAAACCACUAUUUGUCCACCAUCAAUCAGCUAUCACCACCAAAUCCAAACUCAACUUCAUUCGCAACGAACGAAAACGCAUCAAGGACAGAUGCUCCUCAAAUAUAUCUACAAAACAACACCUAAACACAUUCGAUGGCAUCCUUCACCUUAACGGUUAUCCAGAGAAGAGUAUAGAGCAGACAAAACGCCCACAAAACCCUCAACAAACCCUCAACCUACCAACACAGAAUGGUCAUACCUUAAGAUCCCUUACAUUUCUGAACGACUCAAUCACAGGAUCACUAACAUUUUUGAAAAAAAAAAAACAUCCCAGUACGCAUUGCCCACAGAUCUUACACGCUCCCGAUCAGACAAGCCCUAUCCCACACUUCCAAGGAGCGCAAAUGCACUGGAGACAAAUGCCCUAUCUCUAACACCGGAUUGUGUUUACGAGGAAAUGCAGUGUACCAGCUCACGUGUAACAGCUGCGAUCAGCAAUACAUUCGUAGCACGACACGCUUCAUCCACGACCGCGUAAGAGAACAUCUCAAUAAUGAAAACUCCUCAGUUAAAAAACAUAUCUAUUCCUGCCAGAAUAAAGACUAUAAAGGCAUUGAUGUCAAGAUUAUCAUGAGCGAAAACGACCACGCUAAUCUACGCCUCUAUGAAGCAUUUUACAUUACAGUCAUUACAAAAUGCUAACCUGCACUAAAUUCCCGAGAAGAAUGUACUGAAUUCGCAGACUAUUAGUAUUUUAUUUUAGAGACCAUUCUUAAGCACUUUUAGAGGUCCUUUGUCUAGAGACACUCCAUCAUUAGAGCUUUGUAUUCCAUUCACAGUUUACUUCUACUCUCACUGCGGUGUUUAACAUAAGCAGAAUGUAUGUUUGUAUGUAAAUCUCUAUUUGCACACGGGAAAUCAUCAGUUGAGCUUAAGUUAAAAACCAAAACUAAUUACAACUGCUUUACAAGAUUGCGGUGUGGGAAUCCGAUAUAUAUUAGCUACUUUCUUGAUAUUUCGCUAAAAAUGCUCAACGGAUGCAGCAUUGUUUUGAAUAAGCGUUUGUGCAACUCAGUAUUCUAUAACAUGGCCCCGCUGUGACAGAAUCUUCGUUUCAAAUAAUUGGUGCUUGGUUUGGACAGGGUCAGCCUUCCCUCAGAGUUUCUUAAGUUGUAAGGAGAGUGACGCUGAGAGAAAAGACUUUGUAGAUAUUCCGGAGCAAGGUCAUUCAUGUUUUUAUACACCAUUAAGGCUUUUUCUUUCUUUCGUCGAAGAGAUAGGCUCUCCCAGUCGAGGGUGGAGAGAAGGUGGUUUGAGCUCGUAUCAAAGGAUGAUUUAGUAAUAACUGUGGCUGCACGAUUCUGUAAUUGGUGGAGCUUAUCACUCAAGUAACCACUCAAGCAGUCCAAAACGGGGCUGUAGUAUUCAAAAUGAGGCAUAAUUAAAGCGCUAUAAAUUUGAAUUGCAGUUUCUUUGGAUAUAAAGGGCCGCACACGUCUGAGGGCGCCUACAGCUGAAGAGACUUUCUUGCAAAUCUGUUCAACGUGUUUACCCCAAGAGAGUUGAGAAUCUAUGGUAAGACCCAAGGAUUUAGUAUGAUCGACUCAGUUCUCGAUAAUUUGGUCAUCAAUUCUGAUUUCGACGUCGUCACAUUGGGCAGAUAGACUUUGUCUUGAUCCAAUAAUCAUUAGCUCUGUUUUAGCAACAUUUAGACUGAGCUUGUUAGCUUUCAGCCAACAGCAAAGGUUAUUUAAUUCAGGGGUUAGAGCUAGCUUAAGCUCUGUUAACGUCUUAGCAGAUCACGUAAGAUUGGUGUCAUCGGCAAACAUUAUUGGUACGGCGCCCCGCAGGGAGUUGGGAAGAUCAUUAAUGUAAAUUAAAAAUAGCAAAGGACCUAAUACGCUACCCUGCGGAACGCCGUAACUGAGGGUACAAACAGAUGAUAGUUUGUCACUGACAUUACAUCUUUGGAUAAAAAUCGCGUGAAACUACUAAUUUAUGCAUAGAGAUAAUAAACAGUAAACGACAAGUAAAGGAGAGGCUUGGUAACGUGGUACAAAUUUGCGUCUGCCUUUUAACGUAAACGUGUUGCUUAACCUCCCUUUUAAUUUGUAGACACGCUAGGGCUUGCCUAAGAGAAUGGAAGCAAGUGUA